AUGACAACUCAAGAAUAUUCAACAAUUAAAAAACCGUAUCAAAUUACUUUUUCUUCACGUGAUGAAGAAAUAAAAUACACACAAAAGCUCUUAGAAAAUUGUACAACGUAUAAUGGUGAUGCGGAAGGUUUAACAUCUUGGUUAAAAGAAACUGGUGCAUUCCUUGUUAAAGAACGUUAUCCAGAAACCGAUCAUCCAUUUAUUAUUCGGCAUUUAUUAACCGAUGAUGCCCUCGAUUAUUAUCUAGCUCAUGAGGACAUGAUCUUCAAUUUUUAUGAUCUUCGUAAAUUAUUAUUACAUAAACAAAAUGCAUUAGCGCCCUUACGUACUUUGUCAUCACUCGACUCCAUCACCACUUUAUCGUUAGCUGCUACACCUCCUAUUCUCGCGUCUACUCAACUUCCUGCCUCUACAACUACUAUUGAUAAACCAACAGCUAUGACAACUUAUACGUGUGCCCAAUCACUAGAAGAUUUAACACAAAAUGAUAUUCGAAAAACUAUUAUAGAAGAUUUACAACGAAGCACUGCAAAGUUUAUCGGAGAACAUCGACAAGAUGUUCUUAAAUGGUUGAAAACUAUCGAAAUUAAAUUUGAUACAGCGGACAUUCCAACUGCUAAGAAGUUUGAUUUAAUUCCACAAUUACUAGAUAAAGGAGCACUUGAUUGGUUCCAAGAAAAUAAAACGAAGUUUAACAAUUCCUGGAGCGUCUUCGUUGAACAUUUCAAACGAACAUUUGAUUCUCCAAACCGGGCUAGAAUCGCAAUGCAAAAGCUUAAUUCUUAUACUCAAUCACCAUACCAAGACGUUCGAAGUUUCUGCAGUGAAAUGCGGAAACUGUUUUCGGAAGCUGACUCGCAAAUGAGUUCUAUGAUGAAGUUAGAAUUUUUAUUGGCAAAAGUGCAUCCUAGUUAUCGACUUGAUUUACUGAAACAGAAACCAAAAGAUCCAACAGAAUUUGAAACAAUGGCACGGGAUAUUGAAAACAUCUAUCUUGUGAAUGAAGCCAUUGAACAAAAUACUCAAUUCAACACGUCAUUUUCUUCUUCAACUUCCGCUCUUCUUUCUGAUGCACCUCAUCCGGUUUCGUCGAAUUACCAACAACCGCUUCGCAAUAACAACUAUACUAGCACUAACCGGUACACCAGUUCGUCUCGACACAAUUCAUCUUACUCCAACAAAGCUAAUUAUUCGCCACGAUUUUCGUCCAGAACUUCAUUUAGACAAGAUCGAACGCCUUCGUAUCAAUCUUCUAAUAAUCAACAGCCCGGUAAUUCUGUUCAUUCUCGCAACACCACCCGUCAACAUCUUUUCAACUAUCAAUCCGCUUCGGCCACACCACAAUCUCAACUACAAUCACCGUUAUCUACAUCUAGCAUUCCUCCACUUAUGCCAUCUUCGUCUUCAGGUACUCCACCAAUCUCACAAUGGUCCCACUCUCCUGCAUCAGCUGCUGCCGUAAUUUGCCAAUGGUGUUCUCAAUCCGGUCAUUCAGCUCAGGAUUGCCCUUUUUAA